AGGAAGAAGCUUUGCAAUGAAAAGCAUGACUGGCUGCAUGCUUUUCCUGCUUCUUGUUUUGAUCUCGUGUUCGUUGGUGGAUCCGUCAUCAAGAACAACUUCUCUCGAUAUUGACAUAAAGAGCUUGACAACGCCAAGUAAGAGCGGGGCGGAUGAAGGCACCUGUGAGUGUGAAGACGACCUUCCUCCUGGAGCUGGUUUCGCGUUUCGCAGGGAAGGCAUUGCCAUGAUCAAUUUAGAUGUAGAAAAAGAUGUUGGUCAGAGGAAAUUCUUCGAUAAUCAGCGUGUCAUUUUCAAAGAGGUUUUGCUGCAUGGCGAUGGCAAGACAUACCCGCAGAUUGGACAGAAAGCUCUAUUCAGAUACACUGAAUUUACAUCAAACGAGUGUUUGUCGGACCCUGUAGAAAGUUCAAGUUUGCUUAGAACUGAAGACACGGAUGAUUCCGUCUCGAAUGCGAUGGAAGAUUUGGACGUGCUCAUUAUGAAAAUGUCUAUGGGCGAGAAGGCGAUGUUCUUCGCGUCGUUGGAUCUGGGUUGUGCGAGGGUCUUGCAAUCGUGGCUGCAAUGGUGGUUGGAAGCGUCUUGCAGCGA